AUGUGUGGUUUGAAUGAGGUCGGUGGGCUGAAUUCACGCUGAAAAACCCCUACGAAUCCAAUCAAUUCCGUGGCGUUGGGGAGUCGGAAGCGCUGUGUGAAACCGAAAAAUACGGUGGAUUUUUAAAUUAGUUAAGAUAGAUGGGAGGGGGGGGGAUCGGAAAAAAGGGGUGGGGAAGGAGUGUGGAUUGCGAAGAAUGGAGAGGGGCUGUUUACAAUCAGUUUAUUGAUUGUUAGUGUAAUUGUGUUACGGUCGUCUCAUUCCUAGCCUUAGCAUUAGUCCAGGCCUAAAGCUAAACCUCCGCUUAAGCCUACGUCCAAGCAUAAGCUUACGUUUAAGCUUAAGGUCAAACCUAGGCCAAAACCCAAGUCUAAAAAGCCCAAGCCCAAGCCUAAGCCUAAGCCUGAGCCUAAGCUUAAGCCUAAGCCUAAGCCUAAGCCUAAGCCUAAGCCUAAGCCUAAGCCUAAGCCUAAGCCUAAGCCUAAGCCAAAGCCUAAGCCUAAGCCUAAGCCUAAGCCUAAGCCUACGCCUACGCCUAAGCCUAAGCCUAAGUCUAAUUUCUAG